UUCUUUCUGGGCCCGCGGCGAGUGGCACCGAGAGGCGAGCCGGGAUGCGCUGAGGACCGCCGGGGCGCUCGUCCUGGGUGCAGCCGUGGGUGGCGGCGCGGGGGCCCAGGUGUGUCGGACUACCUCGGUUUCCCCCCUGUGCGCCCGCCGCCCCCCGCCGCACUUGAUGUGCAGAAAGAAGACGGACAUCAUGAUCCUAACACAAAUUGAAGCCAAAGAAGCUUGUGAUUGGCUACGAGCAACAGGCUUCCCCCAGUAUGCACAGCUUUAUGAAGAUCUCCUGUUCCCUAUUGAUAUUUCCUUGGUCAAGAGAGAGCAUGACUUUUUGGACAGAGAUGCCAUUGAGGCUCUAUGCAGAGUGAGGAUUCGGACGAGGAUGAGCCUUGUGCCAUCAGUGGCAAGUGGACUUUCCAGAGAGACAGCAAGAGGUGGUCCCGGCUGGAAGAGUUUGAUGUCUUUUCCCCAAAGCAGGAUACGGUCCCGGGGUCCCCAGAGGAUCCCCACCUGAAGAGCGCCCCGAGCCACGAGAGCAUGCUGACGGACUUGAGCGAGCGCCAGGAGGUGGCUUCCGUCCGCAGCCUCAGCAGCACCGGCAGCCUCCCGGCCCAUGUGCCCCACGGCGGGGACGCGGCCACGGCCACACCCCGGACUAACUCGGUCCUCAGCGUCUGCUCCUCCGCCGGCCACUUGGCUGGCAAUAACGACGACUCUUUCUGCAGCCUGCCCUCCCCCAAGGAGCUGUCCAGCUUCAGCUUCAGCAUGAAGGGCCACGAGAAGACCGCCAAGUCCAAGACGCGCAGCCUGCUGAAGCGCAUGGAGAGCCUGAAGCUCAAGGGCUCCCAGCACGGCAAGCACAAGGCUCCCUCCAAGCUGGGGCUGAUCAUCAGCGGGCCCGUCCUGCAGGAGGGCAUGGACGAGGCCAAGCUCAAGCAGCUGAACUGCGUGGAGAUCUCCGCGCUCAACGGCAACCACAUCAACGUCCCCCUGGUACGAAAGAGGAGCGUCUCCAACUCCACGCAGACCAGCAGCAGCAGCAGCCAGUCCGAGACCAGUAGCGCCGUCAGCACGCCCAGCCCCGUCACCCGGACCCGGAGCCUCAGCGCCUGCAACAAGCGAGUGGGCAUGUACCUGGAGGGCUUCGACCCCUUCAGCCAGUCCACGUUCAACAACGUGGCGGAACAGAACUUCAGGAACCGCGAGCGGUACCCCGAGGACACGGUGUUCUACAUCCCCGAGGACCACAAGCCCGGCACGUUCCCCAAGGCCCUCUCCAACGGCAACUUCUCGCCCUCGGGGAACAGCAGCUCCGUGAACUGGAGGACGGGCAGCUUCCACGGCCCCGGCCACAUCAGCCUGCGGAGGGAGAACAGCGGCGACAGCCCCAAGGAGCUGAAGAGACGCAACUCCUCCAGUUCCAUGAGCAGCCGCCUGAGCAUCUACGACAACGUGCCGGGCUCCAUCCUCUACUCCAGCUCGGGGGACCUGGCGGACCUGGAGAACGAGGACAUCUUCCCCGAGCUGGACGACAUCCUCUACCACGUGAAUGGGAUGCAGAGGAUCGUCAACCAGUGGUCCGAGAAGUUCUCAGACGAGGGAGACUCGGACUCGGCCCUGGACUCCGUCUCUCCGUGCCCGUCCUCUCCCAAACAGAUACACCUGGAUGUGGACCACGACCGGGCCACGCCCAGCGACCUGGACAGCACGGGCAACUCGCUGAAUGAACCGGAAGAGCCCUCUGAAAUCCCAGAGCGGAGGGAUUCUGGGGUUGGAGCCUCCCUGACAAGGUCCAACAGGCACCGGCUGAGGUGGCACAGUUUCCAGAGCUCUCACCGGCCGAGCUUAAACUCGGUGUCGCUGCAGAUUAAUUGCCAGUCUGUGGCCCAGAUGAACCUGCUGCAGAAGUACUCGCUCCUGAAGCUGACAGCCCUGCUGGAGAAGUACACGCCUUCCAACAAGCAUGGUUUCAGCUGGGCUGUGCCCAAGUUCAUGAAAAGGAUCAAGGUUCCAGACUACAAGGACCGGAAUGUGUUUGGCGUCCCUCUGACCGUCAACGUGCAGCGCUCGGGUCAGCCCCUGCCCCAGAGCAUUCAGCAGGCCAUGCGCUACCUUCGCAACCAUUGUUUGGAUCAGGUUGGGCUCUUCAGAAAAUCGGGUGUUAAGUCCCGGAUCCAGGCCCUGCGCCAGAUGAAUGAAAGUGCCAUCGAUUGUGUCAACUACGAGGGGCAGUCUGCUUAUGACGUGGCCGACAUGUUGAAGCAGUAUUUUCGAGAUCUUCCGGAGCCACUAAUGACGAACAAACUCUCGGAAACCUUCCUGCAGAUCUACCAAUAUGUGCCCAAGGACCAGCGCCUCCAGGCCAUCAAGGCAGCCAUUAUGCUGCUGCCGGACGAGAACCGGGAGGUGCUGCAGACGCUCCUCUACUUCCUGAGUGAUGUCACGGCAGCUGUGAAGGAGAACCAGAUGACGCCCACCAACCUGGCCGUGUGCCUGGCACCCUCGCUCUUCCACCUCAAUACCCUGAAGAGAGAGAAUUCUUCCCCCAGGGUGAUGCAAAGAAAACAGAGUUUGGGCAAACCAGAUCAGAAAGAUUUGAAUGAAAACCUCGCUGCCACGCAAGGGCUGGCCCAUAUGAUUGCGGAGUGCAAGAAGCUUUUCCAGGUUCCUGAGGAAAUGAGCCGAUGUCGCAAUUCCUACACCGAGCAAGAGCUGAAGCCUCUCACUCUCGAAGCUUUGGGACGCCUCUGUGCCGACGAGUCCGCUGACUACCAGCACUUCCUGCAGGACUGCAUGGACAGCCUGUUUAAAGAGGUCAAAGAGAAGUUCAAAGGCUGGGUCAGCUGCUCCACCUCUGAGCAGGCCGAGCUGUCCUAUAAGAAGGUGAGUGAAGGACCCCCUCUGAGGCUUUGGCGGUCGGCCAUCGAAGUCCCUGCGAUGCCCGAGGAGAUCUUGAAGCGCCUCCUUAAAGAGCAGCACCUCUGGGAUGUAGACCUGUUGGAUUCAAAAGUGAUUGAAAUCCUGGACAGUCAGACUGAAAUUUACCAGUACGUUCAGAACAGUAUGGCACCCCAUCCUGCUCGGGACUACGUCGUUUUGAGGACAUGGAGGACUAACUUACCCAAGGGGGCAUGUGCCCUUUUACUCACAUCUGUGGAUCACGACCGGGCCCCCGUGGUGGGGGUGAGGGUCAAUGUGCUCCUGUCCCGGUAUCUGAUCGAACCCUGCGGGUCAGGGAAAUCCAAACUCACCUACAUGUGCAGAGCUGACUUAAGGGGCCACAUGCCAGAGUGGUACACGAAAUCUUUCGGACAUUUGUGUGCAGCCGAAGUUGUAAAGAUCCGAGACUCUUUCUGUCACCAGAGCACUGAAAGCAAAGACACUAAAUCCAGGUGAUCACCAAGGCAGAGCCGCCGUGUCCACCUUCCCACCUUCCGGGCGUUCGUGCCCAGGGCCCUUGCCAGUGCUCGGGAGCACGGGUUCUGCGUCUAAUCCUGAAACCAAACUGCAAGUUGGAACAUAGGAAUCGACUGUAGGGAUGUGAUACAUUUUUCAAAGCUGCUUCCCGUUGGUUUAAGGUCUGUGCCACAGAUCUUGACUGGAGUAUAUAAGACUGCAAAAAAGAAAAAAUGUAUUCUUAUGCGAAUUGCUUCUGAGAAGCAACACUAUAAAUACAUUACAGAAGAUAAUGAAGAUACUUCAUUCUCUUGUGAUAUUGGUGUAUGUGUCCCUAUGUCCUUGUGUUGGCAGCGUGUUGAGGGGCUGGCGUAUCCACUGGAAUAGUUGGUACUCUACGACAGGUUUUCUCACUGAGAGGAGCAGAGAAAGGUUUGCACAGAGGCGUGUGUGUAUGUUUGUUUGUUGCUGGUUGCAUGGCACAGAUGUGUAGGUUGGGACGCAGUGUCUGGCACACUGAGAUGCCUCAAGAAGGAUAUUGAUGCGUCAGGUGCAGUUUAACCUGGAAUAUCUGACUACCCAUGGAUCCAUCCAGAAAUGUAAAAGGGAACUCUUAUUUUGAGGGAUCAGACAGCCUACCCUUGUCCAUUUUUUUUCCCCCUGAGUUAUAUUAAACAGACUCCUCUAUCCACUUCUUCUUUACCUGGAAAGUGAUUGUGGUGAAUUUACUCUGAUCUCCCAUUUCAGACACCGUUUCUCUCUAGACCUGAUUGCAAAAGUUGUUUGUAGGUUGUUAUUAACAGCAUUUUCAAAAGCUAAACAGGCUUAUUAAUUUAAUUUGCCCUUAACAGCAAAUAGGUUUUCUGGCUUUUUUUUUCUUUGCUUUUUUCUACAUUUUCUUUUUUCCCCCUUUAUAAUGAUGUCCUUGGAAUAUAUUUUCAUGGUAAUGGCAAACAGGUAUCAUAGUAAAAAGCAAUACAGCAGUACAGUUUUGGAAGGGUGGUCUUUAUACAGGUUUUACUGUAAUGGUGAAGGUCGACUUCAGAGACAGUAUUAGUGAAUUUAUUUAGUAUGGGUCGAAGUGAAUAAUGUAUGAAUGAGAGUUGUAAGAAGGAUUUUUAUUUUGUUACAACGUAAUGUAGUUACCAUUGUCAGUGUUAUUUCCAAGGUUCUUUGAAGAAUUGGUGGGGACAGAUUAGAGUGUUAAAAUUUGAGUAUUUUGGAUAUCAGUGUUUUUCAUGAAGAUAUACUUGUAUAUUCCAUUUGAAUGGCUUUCAGAUUUGUAAGAUUGUAUGUUGUAUAUACCAUUCUAUUAAGACACAUGUACACAUGUCCACUGUGCUUUCAAACAUAGAUUAAGCAUGAUAAAGAUUAUUAUUUAAAAUAUACUUGUAUUUAUACCUCAGAUAUUCUUUUGGGUUUUGUACCUCAAGGCUUUUUUUUUUUUUUUCUAAUGUAAAUACACUUACAUGAAUACAGUCUAAGAGAAAAAAUAAAUAAAAGAAGAGGUUUAUAAUGUGCUCAGAAUCUGUACAGAAUAUAAUCGAUAAGUGCACUAUUAAAUGUUUAAGGGAAAAGUCUGGCCUGCUCUCCUCUGCAAUGCAGCUUCCUCCCUCCCACCCUGAACACCACAGACUGCAAGGCACAUCAUUCUAGCACCAACCACAGCGAAAGCAUGGAGUUGCUGAAGGGAAAACCGGACUGCACAUCAUUCCAAGGCCAACCGCAGCUGAGCCACUCGCUAGCACACAGGGAAGCCUGGAGAUGCUCUCUGAAGGCCGUUAGGAAAUGAUGCUGAGAAAGUUACGUGAAAGCACAACAGCUACGGAAAGAUGCUCCUCGGCAAAGCCAAGGUCACUGUUCAUCCCACCAAAGGUCACUCCCACGGUUUGGCGCUCCUGUUGAGAGGAUGUCUUCCAUUCCACGCUUGACAAGAGGAGAUCUCAAAGGGUAUGGACAUUUGCAAGAACUCUGCUUACGUCGCCUGGAGUGCUGUCGCCACAACUUACUAAUUGUGACUAAUGGCCUAGAUUGUAAGGUCCCUGAGGGCAGGGCUCUCCUGCACAUCUCUGUACUCCCCUGAGCAGCUGUCAGUGUUUGUACUUGUAGGCACCUAAUAAAUGGAUUAUUUGCUAAAUGGGA